CGUGGUGACUGUUUUUUAAUAUACACACGCUAGCUACAGAGCAGUUUUGUUUUCGCUUGGAUUUCGCUGAAGAAAAGAUACCUUCUACUCGAACUUUAAUUCAUUUAUAUCCUCGCACUGAAGAGCCAUGGAGACGCUCCUGGAGCAACAGCGACGCUACCACGAGGAGCGCGAGCGUUUGGUCAAACUGAUGGUGGACGAGCAUGCGACGAAGAAGCCGGGCGAAAAGGAGCGCAUCCACUCUGAGCACCGGCUGAAGUACCUCAUGGAACUCCACCACAACGCCACGUCCCAGCUGCGCGACCUCUACGAGGACAAGGACAACGAGCGGAAGGCGGAGAUCGCGGCCCUUUCGGGACCCAAUGAGUUCAACGAGUUCUACGCCCGCCUCAAGCAGAUCAAGCAGUUCUACAAGUCGCAUCCGGCCGAGGUCAGCGUGCCGCUGUCCGUGGAGUUCGACGAAAUGAUCCGGGUGUACAACAAUCCGGACGACAUGAGCGCCCUGGUGGAGUUCACGGAUGAGGAGGGUGGCGGCCGGUAUCUGGACCUCAACGAGUGCUACGAGCUCUAUCUCAACCUGCGGGCGGUGGAGAAGCUGGACUACAUUACCUACCUGAUGUCCUUCGACCACGUCUUCGACAUCCCACGAGAGCGAAAGAACCGCGAGUACCGCAAGUACAUAGAGACCCUCAACGACUACCUGCACCACUUUAUCCUGCGAAUUCAGCCCCUGCUCGACUUGGAGGGCGAGCUGCUGAAGGUGGAGCUGGACUUCCAGCGCCAGUGGUUGCUGGGCACCUUCCCCGGCUUCUCGCUCAAGGAGACCGAGUCUGCGCUGGCCAACACCGGCGCCCAUCUCGAUCUCUCCGCCUUCUCCAGCUGGGAGGAGCUGGCCUCGUUGGGACUGGAUCGUCUGAAGUCGGCUCUUGUGGCCCUGGGGCUCAAGUGCGGCGGCACCCUGGAGGAGCGUGCACAGCGGCUAUUCUCGACAAAGGGGAAGAGCACUUUGGAUCCCGCCCUGAUGGCCAAGAAACCCAGCGCCAAGACCGCUAGUGCGCAGUCACGGGAGCACGAACGCCACAAGGAAAUCGCCCAGCUGGAGGCGCUGCUCUACAAGUAUGCGGAGCUUUUGUCCGAGCAGAGAGCGGCCACCAAGGAGAAUGUCCAGAGAAAGCAGGCUCGGACCGGAGGCGAGCGGGAUGACAGCGAUGUGGAGGCUAGCGAGUCCGACAACGAUGACGAUCCCGAUGCGGACGACGUGCCGUACAAUCCCAAGAACCUGCCACUUGGGUGGGACGGCAAACCAAUCCCGUACUGGCUGUACAAGCUGCAUGGCCUGAACAUCAGCUACAACUGCGAGAUAUGCGGAAACUUCACCUACAAGGGUCCCAAGGCCUUCCAGCGCCACUUCGCGGAGUGGCGCCACGCGCACGGCAUGCGCUGCCUCGGCAUCCCGAACACCGCCCACUUCGCCAAUGUCACGCAGAUAGAGGACGCGAUCACCCUGUGGGAGAAGCUCAAGUCGCAAAAGCAGAGCGAACGCUGGAUCGCCGACCAGGAGGAGGAGUUCGAGGACUCGCUGGGAAACGUGGUCAACCGGAAGACGUUCGAGGAUCUGAAACGCCAGGGACUGCUUUAGAGUAGAUAUAUUUGGUCAAUCGUUUGAGGGGCUUAGUAAUAUUAAAACUGUACUUGCUGCGG